GUAUAAAAAAAUUAUAGAUCACGGACUGAAUAUAUUGCAAUCACACACACACACACUUGCAUACAUUAUCAUCAAGAAGGAGAAAAGGGAGACAGUGAAAAGUGAUUAGCCACAAUGUAUCUUCCUCUUCUCUUUCUUCUCCUUCUAUCUUCUAGCUUGUCACAUCAAGCUUUAGGCCGUGGUCGUGGCCGUUCACCACCGGGAGGAAGCUCGGACCCUUCUUCUCGCAUCACAGUCGUCGGAGUUGUCUACUGUGACACUUGUUCAAUCAACACUUUUUCAAGACAGAGCUAUUUCUUACAAGGAGUGGAAGUUCAUGUGAGCUGUAGAUUCAAAGCGAGUUCACCAAAAACAACAGAGGAAGUGAACAUAUCAGUGAACAGAACAACAAACACAAACGGCGUUUACAAGCUCGAGAUCCCUCACGUCGACGGGAUCGAUUGCGUCGACGGAAUCGCCAUAGCGUCUCAAUGCAGCGCCAAGCUACUCAAACCAUCCGACAACAACGUAGGCUGCAACAUCCCCGUUUUUCAGACAGCAGCCAACGAAGUAUCAAUCAAAUCAAAGCAAGAUCGUGUCUGUAUCUACAGCUUAAGCGCACUCAGCUACAAACCUUCUCACAAAAACACCACACUCUGCGAAAAGAGAAGUCGCCAGCGAGAGGAGGAUGAGAAGAUGGAGAAUAAGUUGAGAGAUUCGAAGCUCUUCUGGCCUUACAUGCCACCGUACUGGUUCCCUUGGCCGUACUCAACUCUGCCACCGUUGCCUACUCUGCCUCCGCUACCGUCUUUCCCUUUCCCUUUUCUUCCUUUAGGAAACCCUAAUCCAGCAUUGCCGGCGUUUGAUUGGAGAGAUCCUACAACUUGGAUACCUUAUCUCCCACGUUUUCCUCCAAGUGAUAACAAUCCUUAGGGUUCAGAUUCUCUUCCCUUUACCUUCUCUGUUUCCUCUGUUUUUUUUUUGUUUGUGUGUUUUUUUUAUGUGUGAUUGAUUUACUUAUUAAUGUGUAAUUAAUUAUUGUUCAAAUACACAAAAUAAGUAUUUGGUUUGAGAGGGAAAAGAAAAGGUGGGUUAUCUAUUUGCUUCUUUCAGUUGAAGCAAUGGGUGGCUGUUCGUGGUCCCUUGGAGGGACACUUUAAA